AUGCCAAAUUGCAAGGACUGUGGCCAUUGGGUCCCCACAACCUCUGGGCUCAACAAGCAUAUCACCAAGUCCCAACAAUACCACAAGAAGUGGCUCAAACAGCUGCAGGAUUUCAGUGUCAAUGUCUUUAAUCUGGGUGGGGGGUUUGUUGAGCCGGGGCCAGAAGAACAUGGUGACGGCAGUGAAGACGGACUAGAAGAACUUGAUUUCGCCAAUGAAUUUGACAUACCACUGGAAGAGCCAGACUUACCUCACAUUACAAGUGAAGAACCAUGCCACCAAGUGCAAGUUGAAGUCGAAGAGGUGCCAGACGAGUAUGAACCUGUGCAAGUUGGCCUGGGAGACAAUGCUCGUUGGAUUGAAACCUAUCCUACAGAGGCAUUAGCAGGUGUGCCAGUGACAACUCAGGAGAACAUGCCCACAAAGUUUCACAGAAUACAAGCAGACUUGGAGAACAGCAGCAACAGAAUGUGGGGACCUUUUGAAGAUGAAGAUGAGUGGGAGCUUGCAAAGUGGCUCAUUCAAAAUGUGGGCCAAAAUCAGGCUGACAAGUUCCUAAAGCUUCCAAUUAUCAAGGAACAUACCAGACCUUCAUAUACAACCAACAAGUCAUUCUUGAAGAAAAUUGAUGGCCUACCCACAAAAGGUCCUAAGUGGCAUUAUGACCUCAUCAAGGUUGCAGGAGAUGUUGUUGAUACAGAUGGCGAGAUGUUGACAACCAAGUUGGAGUUGUGGCAGUGUGACCCAGUAGAAUGUAUUUGGGAACUUAUUGGAAACCCACCAUUCAAGGAUAGUCGGAUAUAUGAUGAUAUGUGGAUAUGUGAUUGGUGGUGGGAGACACAGAGCAAAUUAGCACCAGGUGCUACUAUAGCACCAGUCAUCCUCGCCUCUGACAAAACAAGUCUGUCUCAGUUUCGUGGAGAUAAGUCAGCAUGGCCUAAACCAUGGAUGCAUGGCGCCAUCCUGAUUGGCUAUCUACUUGUGGCAAAGCUAGACUGCUUUAGUAAAGCCACUUGGUCAGUGGCAGGGUACCGUCUUUUUCAUGAGUGCAUGCAACCAGGGCAGGAGGGAGUUGGAAUGGUAUGCACAGAUGACAGGGUGCAGAGAGUACAUCCUAUCCUAGCAGCUUAUGUUGCAGAUCACCCUGAGCAGUGCCUUGUUGCAUGUACCAAAGAGAGUUUUUGCCCAAAGUGCCGUGUUCAUCACCAAAUGAUGACAAUCCUACAGCACAAGCAAUCCAGCCAGAGAGUGGCCGCUUAUACACGACAAGGCCUAUGUCCUGUCUAUUGUCCUUUCUGGGCAGAUCUGCCCCAUGCCAACAUCUUUGCAAGUGUCACACCUGAUAUAUUACAUCAACUCCAUAAAGGAGUCUUCCACAAUCAUCUUCUGAAGUGGUGGAUUUCUCUCGUGUCUCAGUGGACAGGGACAGAGCACUGUGAAAUGCAACAUGUAUUUCUAGGUGUCCUUGCAGGUGCCGUUCAGCCCACCGUAUUUUGUGCUGCACAGGCUGUGCUGGAUUUUAUCUUCUAUGCUCAGUUUCAUUCUCACACAUCACAGACUCUUGAUGCACUCAAAAAUGCACUGGAUGAGAUCUCUCUCCAUUCAAUGACACACUAUGUCAAGUCAAUCAAGUCACAUGGAUCGGCCAAUGGUUUUAACACUGAAUUCCCAAAACGUUUACAUAUCAAUUUCGCCAAGAAUAUGACUAAAUGGUUGAUGCGACAGGAUAUGAGAUUCCAGGAGCUGGCAGACACUGGUGGAGAUGAGGAAGACGAUGAGAAUGAGACCAUCUUGAAUGAUGAAGGCAUCAGUGACCAGCUAACACAUAUCCUCUUAGCAUGUCCUUCAUUCAGGGCAUUGACUGUUGCUGCAAUUACACACACUUUCGGUGCUCUGAAUUUUUUGCUGGCACUGACACAACAUCUGCGCAAUGCUGCACCUAAUGGACCUGUUGUUAGUGAAUGGGAUCAUUUUGAUGGUUAUCGACGACUCUCCAUCCCAUAUGCAAAGUUACCUGUGGUUCACAUGGGAAAGGAUCUUGAUUGGAUUCGUGCAACCCCCCAAACUGCACCAGCAGGGCGUUCAUUCAGUACUGUUGAAAAAUUUGACACUGUACUUGUGCAUGUGGGCAGAGACAAUGAGCACACUCGAGGCACUGCAUUAGAAGGUCUUCAAAUUGUGCAGCUUCGAUUCAUUUUUGAUAUCCCAUGUCACUUAAGAGUGGCGGGACAACUGUGUCAUUUAGCUUAUGUUGAAUGGUUUCAACCAUUUUGUGUGCGAGAUGAAUUGUUUCAGAUGCACGCUGUUACACGCUCUUAUGCUGGUCGUGCACCCCGCUCCAGCAUAAUCCCUGUGUCAAGCAUCAUUCAUAGCUGUCACCUCAUUUCAAAAUUCGGCACUCAAGUGGACAGGAGUUGGGUUGCAGCGCAUGUAUUGGAUAGCUGUAAGACAUUCUACCUUAAUACAUGGAUAGAUAUGUACACUUUUUAUAAAUUUUGCAACAAGAAGGCUUGA